AUGCCCCUCCUCGGUCUCGGGACCUGGAAAAUCCCCAGGGAGCAGACGCCGGCGCUCGUGGAGACGGCCAUCCGGAAGGGGUGGAGGCACCUCGACUGCGCGUGCGACUACGGCAACGAGCGCGAGGUUGGCGCCGGCAUCAGAGCCGCGCUGACGGAGGACCCGACCAUCUCCCGCGACGACCUUUGGGUGACGAGCAAGCUGUGGAACACCUACCACCGUCAGGAACACGUGCGGGACGCGUGCCUCCGAACCUUGGACGACCUCGGCCUCGAGUACCUCGACCUCUACCUCGUGCACUUCCCAAUCUCCCUCAAGUUUGUCCCGUUCGAGACGCGGUACCCCCCCGAGUGGGUGCACGACCCGGACGCGUCCGAUCCCGCCGACCGGGUCAUGGUCCACGACCCUGUGCCGAUCGCCGAGACCUGGCGCGCCAUGGAGCAGCUCGUGGACGAGGGCCUCGUCAAGAACAUCGGCGUCUGCAACUUCAACGUGUCCCUGCUCACCGACCUGCUCGCCACGUCCAGAGUUAAACCGGCGGUGCUGCAGAUCGAGUCGCACCCGUACCUCUCCCAGAAGCACCUGGUGGACUACGCGCGGUUGCACCAAGUGCACGUCACCGCCUUCUCGCCGCUGGGCAGCGCGGGGUACGUCGAGAUGGGCUGGACGAAGCGAACGGAGGGCGCGAUCAACGAGGCGUGCGUCAAAGCCGCGGCGCAGGCGCACGGGACGUCCCCUGGGCAGGUGCUGCUCCGGUGGGCGGUGCAGCGGGGAACCUCCGCGAUUCCCAAGACGACAAAGGUUGGGAGGCUCGACGAGAACAUCGACGUGUUCGGCUGGACGCUCACCGCUGACGAGAUGUCCGCGAUCGACGCGCUGAACAGGAACAAGAGGUACAACGACCCUGCGGAAUUUUGCGUCGGCAUGGGCGGGCCCGUACCCAUCUACGACUGA